AUGGGUCUAUUGUCAAGAAAAGCUACUUGUAACACUCAUGGCCAAGAUUCUUCGUAUUUUUUGGGAUGGGAAGAGUAUGAGAAAAACCCUUACGACGAAAUCAAGAAUCCAAACGGCAUUAUCCAAAUGGGUCUAGCAGAAAAUCAGUUAUCUUUCGAUCUCAUUGAGUCAUGGCUUGACAAGAACCCGGACGCAGCCAAUUUCCAAAGAGAAGGCCAAUCUAUUUUUAGGGAACUAGCUCUCUUUCAAGAUUAUCAUGGCCUUCCUUCCUUCAAGAAUGCUAUGGCGGAUUUCAUGUCGGAAAAUAGAGGAAACCGAGUUUCUUUCGAUCCGAAAAAGCUUGUCCUCACCGCGGGUGCCACUUCAGCUAACGAAACUCUGAUGUUCUGUCUCGCUGAUCCCGGAGAUGCUUUCUUGCUUCCUACGCCAUAUUAUCCAGGAUUUGAUAGGGAUUUAAAAUGGCGAACCGGAGUUGAGAUUGUACCAAUCCAAUGCACAAGUGCAAACGGAUUCCGCAUCACGAAAUCCGCACUCGAAGAAGCCUACGAGCAAGCUCAAAAGCUUAACCUAAAAGUCAAAGGAGUCCUUAUAACCAACCCAUCUAACCCCUUGGGUACUACAACGACCCGAUCCGAACUAAACCAUCUCUUGGACUUCAUCUCACGAAAGAAUAUACAUUUGAUAAGCGACGAGAUCUACUCCGGUACCGUUUUCACCUCUCCCGGAUUCAUCAGCGUAAUGGAAGUCCUCAAAGAAAAAAAGCUUGAAAACACCGAUGUUUUUAAACGAGUCCACAUCGUUUACAGUUUGUCUAAAGAUCUAGGCCUACCUGGUUUUCGCGUUGGAGUGAUUUACUCCAACGAUGAUAUUGUUGUUGCCGCAGCGACAAAAAUGUCCAGUUUCGGUCUAAUCUCUUCUCAAACACAAUACCUCUUAUCCGCAUUGUUAUCAGACAAGAACUUUACCAAGAACUACCUCAAAGAGAACCAAAUCCGGCUCAAGAACCGACACAAGAAGCUCGUGGCGGGUCUAGAGGCUGCAGGCAUCGAGUGUCUCAAGAGCAACGCCGGACUCUUCUGUUGGGUCGACAUGAGACAUCUAUUGACAUCAAACACGUUUGAAGCUGAGAUUGAGCUAUGGAAAAAGAUUGUUUACGAGGUUAAGCUCAAUAUCUCUCCCGGUUCUUCAUGCCAUUGCAAUGAACCGGGUUGGUUUAGGGUUUGUUUCGCGAAUAUGAGCGAGGAGACAUUAAAGGUUGCGUUGAAUAGAUUGAAGAUGUUCGUUGAUGGACCGUCGUCUACUACAAGAAGUCAAAGUGAACAUCAAAGACUAAAGAGUUUAAGGAAAAUGAAAGUCUCUAAUUGGGUUUUCCGACUCUCGUUUCACGACCGUGAACCCGAGGAACGAUAG